AUGUGCGAGUGGCGUGGCGCGCUGGGCCACCUCCACGCCCUCCGGGCCGGGCGCGUCGAGCCGGACGCGGUGGCCUGCAACGUGCUCCUGGGCGGUGCGGGCAGCUCGUGGAGGAGGGUGCUGUGGCUGCUGGGGGCUGUCCUGGCGCUCCGCAUCGCCCCCAGCGCGGCCACAUUCAACGUCACCGCGACGGCCUGCGCCAAGGCCAGGCAGUGGGAGCAGGCGCUGCUCCUCGUCGCGAGGCUGCGGGAGGAGCGCCUGGCGCCGACGCGCCACUCGUACACCGUGGCCCUUGGCUCCUGCCGGCAGGGGGCGCGGUGGUCGCUGGCGCUGGACCUGCUGCGUGUGGCCUCGAGGCAGCAGGUGCUGCCCAACGCGUUCCACUACAACGCCGCCGUCAGCGCCUGCACCAGGGGCCUGCGGUGGAGGUCCGCCCUGCACCUGCUCGGGCUCGCCCGCGCGCGCCGCCUGGGCGGCGACGAGGUGAGCUUCAACGCCGGCAUGGCGGCGCGCGCCGCGGGCGGCUUUUGCACUGGGCCUGGGUGCUCAAUGGGCGAGAUGCGAGCGAGGGGAUUGGAGCCCAGCGUCAUCAGCUUCAACACCUCCAUCGCCGCCUGCGAGGGAGGCCGAUGGUGCGAGGCGUUGUCGCUUCUGGGCGACAUGGCAGCCGCAGAGGUGCUUCCGGACGCCACCAGCUGCAACUCUGCGUUGCUGGCUUGCAGCACUGCGCGCCAGUGGAGGCAGGCUUUGGAGCUGCUCCUGGGGGGCCUCCCGGGUGGCCCGCGGCCAGACGUCAUCGGCGGGAUGUUGGUGCAAGGCGCCUGCGAGGGCGCGACGGCGCCUCGGGCCCCGGCGGGUGCAGCCCUGGCGGGCCUCGGCCGCGCCCUGGCCGGCUUGCUUCGCGGGCCCCUGCCCGGGGCGGAGCGGCACGGAGGCAACCCGCGCGCGUGCGGCCGGGCUCUGCCUGGAGGCCGCGGAGCGCCUCGGGUGUGGCGGCGGGGCGCGCGCGGAGCGCGCGCUGCGGCGCCGGGCGCGGGCGGCGGCGGCGGGCGCGCUGCGCGGGCUGGCCGCGGGCGUGCCGGUCCAGGCGGUCGGGAGGCUGCGUGA